GCAAGGGCCGGCGGUCUCUGACGUCAUCGGAUGGCGCCGGUAAUACCCGGGUAGGAGAAGGCUGCACGUGGACUCUGGUUUGCAAACUUUCGGGUCGGGCGAUGGACACCCCCCUAAGGCGCAGCCGGCGGCUGGAAGGACUGAAGCCCGAGGCCACCGAGAACCUUGCCUCAGCUGGGCGGGUGAGACGAGCCCUUGCGAAGUUCGAGUCAGGCCCAGAAGCAACGCAGCAGCCCGGCCCGGGGUCCCCGCCACGCCCGCCGGAGAGCAGCGUGGGACCGCCCGGCCUGCCCCGCGGUGCAGACGCGGGGUCUCCCCGGGGGCAGCGGGGUCCAAGCCCGGAGUCGCCUCCGAGACAGCCAGAGGCGCGUCCUGAAGCCCCUCAAAGCGAGGAGUCGCCGGGGUCCCCCCCUCGACACCUGAAGUCGGGCCCGGGGUCACCUGAGCCUGAGCCGGGCCCGCCAGCGCCGGGCCCCGAGCCCACGCAGCCACCCCAGGAGCAGACGCCCCGGGCACCCGGCUCCUCGAAGGCCCGGCGGGAGCUGAGCGCGCCGUGCCCGGCCGCGGAGACCGUGUCGGGCGGCCUCGGCGCAAAGAAGCGACGGGGACCUUCCGACCAGGCCCCAGCGUCCAAGAAGCUGAAGCGGGAGGAGGAGGAGGCGCUGCCCGCGAUCCCUAAGGGGAAGCCCAAGUCCGGGCGCGUGUGGAAGGACCGAUCCAAGAAGAGGUUCUCCCAAAUGGUUCAGGACAAGCCCCUGCACACAUCCUGGAAGCGCAAGAUGAAGGAGCGGCAAGAGCGGCAGCUGGCCAGGGACUUCGCCCGGCACCUGGAGGAGGAGAAGGCACGCCGCCGGCAGGAGAAGAAGCAGCGCCGGGCUGAGAACCUGAGACGCCGCCUGGAGAAUGAGCGGAGAGCGGAGGUCGUCCAGGUGAUCCGCAACCCCGCCAAGCUCAAGCGGGCGAAGAAGAAGCAGCUGCGCGCCAUUCAGAAGCGGGACACGCUUGCCCUGCUGCAGAAGCAGCCGCCCCGCCGGCCAGGGGCCGAGGCCUGAGCCCGCGUGGACACUGGGCAGCGCCUCUGCCAUAAGGAACUUGGCCCGGGGCUGCUGGCCUCUGAGGGCUCUGGAGGAGGCUGGGGUUCAGGCCCUGACCACCUGUCCUCCCCCAAAUGCCUUCCACCCCAGUACCGUAACUGGUGACCACUGUGUGCCCAGGCCUGGGGUUCCGAAUCCAGCGUCCCCACCCGGCUGGAAGAUUAGGGUGGGAAGCUGGGGGGGGGGGCGCCCUCUUCCCGGCAGAAGCCCUGAAGGGCAGAGGGGGCCACACCCGGCCACCCCGCAGCAGGGAGCUAUUUAUUGCGGGGCGCUGUGUGCAGGGCCAGGACGAGCAGGUGCAGACCUGUAUCCCUGCCCUCGGGCUCUUACCCGGGAAGAGAAGCAAUAAACAAGUGAGCUUGG